AUGGCAGCGCAGAAGAAUUUAUUAGAUAGUGUAAAUGUUAGUGAAAAAAUUGGAGAAAUGCCGAAGAGAAAAGUAAAUUUGGACAACAUUCUCGUUGAAGAAAUCGGUCAGUUUGGCAGAUACCAGAUCAGGACGCUGAUGUUGACGCUGGUUGUCGUCGUGUUCGGAGCGUGGGGCGCCACGGAGUACAUCAUCACCACCGCGAGGAUUAAGACGAGGUGCCUCAUCCCUGAGUGCGAGGGUACAGUCGCAACAGAAUACUCCCCACCGUGGAUAUUAAAUGCUGUCCCAGGCAGUGGCAGCUCGUUCGACAACUGCCUGCGCUUCGACUCUGCCAACAGCACAUCGAGGAGUGACGAGUGUCCUGCAGAGUGGUUCAACCGGCAGAAGAAGAUCGCCUGCGCCCAAUAUGUGUACGAAAAUACACAUACAGUUGUCUAUGAUAUUUAUAUUUUGUGUCAGUACGGCUUAGCGUGUGAUGAAUGGCGUCGAGCCUUCAUCGGCACGGCGCGCACCUUCGGCACGUUCCUGGCGCUCCCCAUCGUGGGCUUCACGUCGGACCGCUGGGGCCGGCGCUUCGCCCUCAGCCUCAACGCCGUCAACACGGCCUGGGUCGGCACGCUGCGCUACUGGGCCGACACCUACUGGGGCUUCGUCGUCUCCGAAGUAGUUGAGUCGGCGAUCGGAGCUGGCGCCUUCUCCUGUGCUCAUAUUUUAAUGAUGGAACUAGUGGGUCCGAAAUAUAGAGUUGCUGCCGGGGCUACUAUGAAUACCUUUUUUUCAAUUGGCCAAAUCAUCAUGUCACUGAUAGCGUGGGCGGUCCCGAACUGGAGAGCACUGACCCUGGCUCUGUAUGUACCACAGUUUACAACCAUUUGUUACUUCUGGAUAAUGUCGGACUCCGUGCGAUGGUAUCUGAGCAAAGGACGGUACAAGGACGCGGAAGACUUUCUUAAAAACGUUGCUCGAAUCAAUGGACGUCAGCUAUCAGACGAGUCACUCCAGGCACUAAAGGAAAAUGCAGAAGCUGAAAAAAUUAGGAUAGAGGAUGAGAAAAAAAUGAAAUCAAAAGAGCCAUGGUUGAUUGUACUGGUGUUUCGCAACAGAGCCAUUCUCAGACGGUGUUGCAUGUCACCGGUCUGGUGGUUCACCAGCGCUCUGGUAUAUUACGGCAUGUCAGUAAACGCAGUCAACAUGUCUGGUAACCGUUACCUGAAUUAUAUGGCUGUUGCUUCAGUGGACAUACCGGGGUAUUGGGUAGCUGUACUAUUGAUGAGCAGGAUUGGGAGGCGGCCUGUUCUCAUUGCUGCUUAUUGGAUUUGCGCUGCUUGUCAACUGGGCUAUAUUUUCCUGCCUACCAGUGAGUUCUAAAAAAAUUCCUCAAAAUAAUCAUGUCACUUCCGAGAUACACAAUAUAUGUCAAUUGCUUGUUUAAAGAUAUUUGAGUUUUCUUUACCACGUUCUAGAUAUGUAUGGCCUGUCAUUGGUGAUGUACCUCAUUGGCAAGCUCACCAUCGCCAUCGUGAUGAUGUCGCUGUACAUCUACACGUCCGAGAUCUAUCCCACCAAGUACAGACAUAGCUUGUUCUCGUUUUCUGCAAUGACUGGUCGUAUAGGCGCCAUGACUGCUCCGUUAACACCGGCAUUUGUGAGUAUUAAUCCCUUAUGAUCGUUUGAACAAAAGAUAACAAAGGUAAGUAUAUUUGGGUGUUUUAAUAGUAGCAUCUUCAAAUAAAGUAGCACGUAAUUUAGAAUGAAAAAAAUACCUUAUGAUAGACGAAUAUCUCGAAAUUAUUUUAAUCAAUACAAAAAUUUAGAAUGUAUGUUUUUUAUUAUCAUUAACAAUUAUCAUCGAGUACCCAUCCUACACCUUUUUAACAAUAAAACACACACAAAUAUAUACAGAAUGUUAUUGCUGUAAGAAGUCAUAAGACUAACACUUUUUAACUAAUAUAAUGUUUAACAAUUAAAAAAAUAUUUCUCCAUUCAAUAAAACAGGUUUUAUUGUUCUUUAGUUUUCUAAAACGUUAUUAAUCCUUUUUUAUUUACAUAUGGAUGUUUCAUUUAAUUUCAGGGUGUAGCCCUUUUUGUCAAUUUUCCCUCGUUGCUGUUCUGCGGGUUCGCCCUGCUGUCCGGUGCUCUGCUGUUCCUAGCCCCGGAGACCCUGGGGACCAAGCUCCCCGACACCAUGGAGGAGGCCGCGAUGAUCGGCGUCAAGAGACCUGAGUCUGCAGUGCGAC